AUGGGUAUACUCUUUUCAAGACGCAGACAUCGAUCAAGAAUUACAGAACAGGAUAAAGCUGUUUUAAAUUUAAAGCGACAACGUGAUAAACUCAAUCAAAUGACUAAGAAACUAGAUAAUCAAAUAGAAAAUGAUCUAGGUCUUGCAAAAGAACUUGUUAGGCAAGGUAAAAAGGAGCGUGCUCUUCUACUUUUAAAAAAGAAAAAAUAUCUUGAAAAUCUUAUACAUAAUACGAAUAAUCAAUUGUCAAACAUUGAACAGCUGAUCAAUGAUAUUGAAUUUGCUCAAAUAGAAGUGGAAGUUUUAAAUGGAUUAAAAUGUGGCAAUAAAGCACUUCAAGAUAUUCAAAAAGUUUUAUCAUUAGAUGAUGCAGAACAAAUUAUGUCUGAAGCUCAUGAAGCUAUAGAAUAUCAACGUGAUUUAAAUAAUAUCGUUUCUAGUGGCCUAUCGAAUAAUGAUUAUGAUGAGAUUGAACUUGAAUUAACACGUCUAGUUGAGCCGGAAGUGAUCAAUCUCCCAAGUGUACCGGAUCAUCCUAUAGAAGAUUCUGCGCGUAAAGAUCGAAGUAAAGGUGUAUUGAUCAUUGAAGGUUGA